ACCCACCCCGAACCUUGCCGAUAACCCACACAUAACCUCUUAAAACUUUGCUUACGUGCACAUUCAGAAUUUCUUGAAACCUCUUUCACAACACACUCAGAACCUCACUUAGGACUCCAUAUUGAACCCCACUCGGAACUCCGUCCAUCACCCACUCCGCCCCUUGCCGAUAGCCCGCACACAACCUUUGAACACUCACGUGGCUCACGACCAUAAUGUUUGUUCUUUUAUCUUCGUCUUUGUUUAACACUUUCUUGCUUUGUGUUUCUUUUUUACUCCUUUCAUUGUUUCUUGGGUCGUCUGCUUCUGUUGUCCCUUUUAAUCACUUUCUCUUGUUUUAACUACCGAUUUUUGGUCCCUCCGUUUAUUUUUUCUUAUAUUUUUUUCUCAUUUGUUCCUCUAAAUAGUUACCCUUUAACUAUUAUAGUUAUUCUCUCUCUCUCUCUCUCUCUCUCUCUCUCUCUCUCUCUCUCUCUCUCUCUCUCUCUCUCUCUCACACACACACACACACACACACACACACACACAGUGCAGGAAACUGAGCCUUGGCAGCAGUGAGGGCAGGCUCUGCCGUGCAAGGGGCGGCGGCCGCCACCAGCUCAUUCUGUUGUAACUGCCGCCGCCUCGUUCACCAUAACAUUUGUCAAACAUUUACAAUUAAAUGAAGACAAAAGUAGUGAACGAGAUGUUCCCUAAAGCCCGCAGCAAAGACAUCCGACGCGCCGUGCUCGGCACCUGCGUCGUGCUGGCCGCCGACGGCGGCGCCAGCGGUGGGGCGCGGCCCCGCAAGGUGACCAUCACCCUUUGCCGGCGUCGGGGGUGCUGGCGAGCCCUCAGCUCGCGGGGGGUGGCCGUCUUCGCCUUCCCGGAGGCGUCUGGCCCCACCUCCCUCACUGCCCCGCUGGACCUGGAGUACCUCUUCAGGUGCAGCGGGAAACCAGACGCCGAAGCCACGCAGGUCAAGAUCUGUGUGGCGUACCGCCGCGGUGCAACUCGCAAGGCCCGCGUUAGCCUCGAAGAGUUCCUGGAGGCGCUGCUGGAUGGAGGCCGACCUGGCAGCUUCUUCCUGUACAUCUACGAUGACAAGGUCGGUCUUCAGCUGGCCAGUCAGCAAUUCCAGGGCCUUCCCACAACAUGGCCACUGGAACAGAAGCCCGGCAAGGGAAAGAUGGCCAUGCAUACUGAUGGAAACACUGACGCCGCCUACAACGAAUGGAAGCUUUACCUGGAAAAGGUGUUUGCGGUGGAAGACGAUGAAGAGAACACCGACAACGAUGAAGACACCCACAACGAACAGAAAGUUUACCUGGAAAAGGUGUUUGCGGUGGAAGACGAUGAAGAGAACACCGACAACGAUGAAGACACCCACAACGAACAGAAAGUUUACCUGGAAAAGGUGUUUGCGGUGGAAGACGAUGAAGAGAACACCGACAACGAUGAAGAGAACACCGACAACGAUGAAGACACCUACAACGAAUGGAAAGUUUACCUGGAAAAGGUGUUUGCGGUGGAAGACGAUGAAGAGAACACCGACAACGAUGAAGACACCUACAACGAAUGGAAAGUUUACCUGGAAAAGGUGUUUGCGGUGGAAGAUCAUGAAGAACACACCGACAAUGAUGAAGACACCUACAACGAAUGGAAGGAUUAUCUAGAGAAGGUGUUUUCGGUGGAAGAUGACGUAGGAGACACCGACAAUGACGAUGGCACCCACAGUGAAGGGAAAGGUCUCCCGAAUAAGCUGUCUGCAGUGGAAGAAGAUGACUUUGACGAAGCGGCGCACGAGGUUAGGGAUGCCUGUGAUGUCGCUGCCGGAGAAGAAGAGCAAGUCUCUGAUGUUCCUGCCGCAGAAGAGGAGCCAGCCUGUGAUGUUCCUGCCGCAGAAGAGGAGCAAGCUUCUGAUGUUGCUGCCGCAGAACAGGUGGAAGCCUCUGAUGUUCCUGCCGCAGAAGAGGAGCAAGCUUCUGAUGUUGCUGCCGCAGAACAGGUGCAAGCCUCUGAUGUUCCUGCCGCAGAACAGGUGCAAGCCUCUGAUGUUCCUGCCGCAGAAGAGGAGCAAGCCUCUGAUGUUGCUGCCGCAGAACAGAUGCAAGCCUCUGAUGUUCCUGCCGCAGAAGAGGAGCAAGCCUGUGAUGUCGCUGCAACAGAAGAGGAGCAAGCCCCUGAUGUCGCUGCGACACAAGAGGAGGCACCCCAGCACGCAGAAGCCUCUCGGGGCGGUACAAGUGCCACAGACAGGGAGGUUUCCCCUCAGGGCCAGGCCCCAGCACCAGUGACCGUCCCUGCCGCCCCCGCCACAGCGUCCCUCGCCUACCGCAGCCUCACCGUGCCUCAGAGAUUCAUCUCCCGCCUCGCAGGACCCAGUGACCGCCAGCUGGAGGACCUGCGGCGGAGCCACGGCGUCAGCAUCGUGCGGGUCAGGCGAACCCUGCACAUCAAGGGCGAGAGGGACGCCGUCCUGCGGUGCCACCGCCACAUGCGAGACGAGAUCGCCGAGUGGCGGAGGCGCGAGGCCGCUGAGGCUGAGUAAGCGACUCACAGACUUACCUGUGACCCGUGACGGCCGCAUUAACACCGUGUUUCAUAGCAUUUCUUAUCAUUUCUUGUCUUUCUUAUCAAUCUAGUUAUUCUGCUGUUGUUGUUGUUGUUGUUGUUGCCAUACCCACCUCCCCAGCACGAUCACAACGGAUCACUCGGUUCUGUUGAGUCAUCGCGAUCCGG